AUGGAAACAAAGCCUGAAAAUGAUUAUGGAACUUCCAAAAUCUACUAAAGAUAAAUUUUUACAACUAAUUUAAGGGAACUGCUAAGAUCUUGCCAUGGAAUAGUAAUGAAAAAAUGCGAUAAAGUGCUAAUUUAGACAAGGACUAGAAAUUAUUGAAGAGGAAGCUGGAAAAAGUAAAAAACACCUGGAAAAUUUUGGUGUUAUGAAUCUUUCGAAUAAUAUCAGAAGAUUGUUUAUGCUAAAUCUUAGAAUGUGCAAAGAGCACACUAAUUGGAGAUGUGGAAUAAAACACCUGAAUUAGGUUCGUUCAAUUAAUAUCUAUGAUAUUAUCGACUGCGCACUAAAAUAGAGAGCAUGGGCUAACAUUAAAAAAGAAACUGAAUGCAGAAUCCAAGAAAUCUUAGAAAAGUACGAAGGGGAUUAUAUGGAGUAAUGA